CAUAACUUUAAAGCUUACUUUAACAGUCGCUGAGUGAGACAGAGAGUCUCAGAUAACCAUAGUCAACAUAUUCAGUACUCAGGAUUGGCUGUUUGCCUUAAAAGACUUCGUAAAGAUUGUACAUUUUUAUUACUGAGAAGAAAGUACUCAAGAUUUUAAUCGGAAAAGAAUGGCGUGUCGUGAUUUGCUUUUCCCUAGUAAUGAAAAAAAAAGGAAUCAAACUAUUCGUUUACAUCAGGAUAUAGUUUCAUGUGUAGAAAGAAAUUUUGAUACUACCAAUAAAGUGAGUGAAAUCUGUAAUAAGUACCUUCAUACCAACUUCUAUCCAAUCAAGGUGAAAGAAGCUGAUACUCUUGAAGAGAGUUGUAAAGUUCUGAAAAUGCAAAUACAUCGCAUCCAGCAACAUUUAAGCAAGAUCGACAACGAAUUAAAGAAUGCUUUGGAACCCGACCUUUAUGAACUGUUUCGUGAUGUUUCUGUUUCUGUUUCUGAGAAACAAGAAGUAAUAAGCAAACGUAUGAAAAAACGUAGACAGAUUGUCACAGUUUCAUAUGUUGUUGUAGCUAGCAUUCUGUGGCCGGUACUGAGUGUUGUGUUACAUCAAACUAUAGAAUCCAUCUGUAAAAUUAUGGCAUGUUGUAUUGGGGUUCUCCCAGUGAUUUUCUUGGGAGUAAUUGCCCUUAUAAUAAACUAUUUUAUUGGCAAAAAAGAGAGCGAAGCACUUGAUGAGGCUAUAAAAGAAUACCAAAAGGUACUGUCUGAUCUUAAACCAGCAACAGAACGCUAUCAAUUUGCAGUAAUGAAAGCAUGCAUAAAACUGGAUAUCCCAUGGGAAAAGUAAAAUCAUUGUAAUGUAUUAUUUGAUUUUAUUAUUUUUUUUUUUCAAAUGCAAGCUUAAGUCAUAUCUAAUAGAGAGAUUUAAUUAGUGCUUUAGUAUUGACUGCUCAAAUAUGCCUUCAGCUCAGAGUAACAGUAAACCACUUUCUAAGAAUCUAAGAAAUGGAAUACCCACAAUAAGAUGAUAGUUAUCAAGAUUAUCAGAAUCUAAGUGAACCAUUUAAGGAUAGGAGUAACUAAAACCUUAUUAAACUAGGCUGGAAACAUCACAUACCUAAAUGAGGUUCUAAUACUAUAUAUCACUGACUAAAUGCCUCUGGGGAUGACAUACAAACCUAGAAAGACAAGUAUCCAGAAAGCGUGUGUUAAGAUGCAUACUGGAGAUAACAACUUAUAGGUCAUCAAUAUCAGGAAUAGCAAACCAUUCAAAGAUUGAACUAAAUAAUCCUCAUGGUGACCAUCUGCAAAACAGAAAUGGCUUGGAGUUAUUAAAGAUGUAACAAAGGCAGUUUUAUCAGAAAAGUAGCAAGUAGACUAGUCACAUUCUUCAGAUGUGAGAAAGAGAGAGAAAUCACUGGGUAUCGAGACACUGUAGGUUGGAAAAGUAGUCAUCCACUCAAAAUAAAGUUGUGCGAUGGUUAGAAGCUUCAUCAGUCUGUCUGGAAAGAUAUUUUGACUUCAGAUGGCAGAUUUCAGGAUGCUUUCAUGAAAAAUGAGUAUUUCUUCUAGGGUGCUAGUCUGCCUCUAACUUCAUUCUAAUCUAAGACCAGUCCACCUCAGGGACCAGCCUUUUAGUUAUAAACAAAGGACAUAGCUUGUUUCUUUCCAUCAAGUAUUGCAUACAUUGGGCCAUAAAAUAAAAGAUUAAAGGUCAUGCAUGAAAUGAGCUCUUGCCUUAUCUGACUUUCCCUGAAUAAAAAUUAAGUUAACAUUUAACAAAUUAGACUUCAUUUAUUGGUGAAUGACAUUUGGAUAUCCAUAAUUUGGACGUCAUUGAGUUAAGCACAUUUCUAAGUGCAGCAGUAGAAACAUCAUUGUACAGUAUCCUGGGUAGAAGUAUCAUUACUGCAAUCGUUGUGGUAUGUCAGUGAAAGCUAUGCAAUCAAACAAGAGUCUUACUGAUUUCAAAGCCAAUGCUAAUGACUUCUGGCUGACUAAAUCUGCAGAUGAUUGCAAAUUAAGAAUAGUCAUACAAUCUCCCACUCACACAAAUGUUCUCCAGGAAGGGCUGGCACAGACAAACAACUGGUGCCAGGCCCAUGGACUAAAACUAAAUGC